AUCAAUGUCAGUGCUACCGAAUGACACAGAGAAACCCAAAACAAACAACGAUCAUGAAUCGUGCGUGGCUCCCGUUCCUGGUGGCCCUCACUCUGUCGCUGACCACUAGUGGUGCCAGCCCCACCGAUCAAAGGCUGCGACUGCAGGGGUCGGUCUUCAGCUCCUUUGGAGAAGUUAAGAGUUUUCUGCGGGAAUGGUUUGCCAAAUUCACCAAUAAUGUCAUAAACGAUGUUGACGAAGAUUCUGAAAAAGAUAGUCGACGGGAGAAAAGGGACCUAAAACCACCCAUAGAUUUUGAAGUCAUAGCCCAAGAAUAUUUGAGAAAUGAAACGAAAGAGUACUUGAUGCAGUUCUUAGGAUAUGCAGAAUAUCUUAAUGUAACCAACAAAGAGUCCCUAGACCAAAUUUAUCAGCGAGAGGAGCGCCGUCUAUCGACCAUGUCUCCAUCGGAACUACUUCAUUAUAUGACGUCACUUAGCAAAACGCUCAGUUCUGGUACCAGCGGAAGUACAAUAAAUAUUAAUGGACAAACAUUUGAUCUUAGCCAUGUUGGAAGUUGGUGUUGUCCAUUUUAAAAACUUCAUUUGCUUUGUGUCAGUUUUUAAUGUUUUAUUUGGUCUGUUUAUAAAACAAAAUAAAGAUACGAAAAUUAAAAACAAUCGCGAUAUAGUA